AUGAGAAUACCAGAACCAUCUUCAUCUCAAUUUUUUUAAUCGGAUUUCUCAUUUUGGCGCUUUCCAUUAAUGAUUACACUAGUCAUGUUCAUACUCUGGACAUCUCUUCUGUCUGACUAUAAAUAUCAAAGCUUGAACCCUCCAUUUUCAUCAACCAGCAACAGAAAGCGAUAUCAGUUCCUUCCUGUGCAACUUAUACUUGCGUUUGAAUUAAGUCUUCUUGGUCAUAUACUGCAUACAACAAAGAUGUCCCUGAUUCCAAGUUUCUUCGGAGGCCGAAAAACCAAUGUGUUUGAUCCCUUCUCCCUCGAUAUAUGGGAUCCAUUUGACGGAUUCUUCGUCACCUCUCCUAGUGUAGCCAAUUGGCCUUCAUCAGCUCGUGAAACCGCCGCAUUUGCCACUGCAAGGAUUGACUGGAAAGAGACCCCAGAAGCCCAUGUAUUCAAGGCUGAUGUUCCAGGGCUGAAAAAGGAGGAAUUGAAAGUUGAGGUCGAGGAGGGAAGGAUUCUCCAGAUCAGCGGAGAGAGGAGCAAGGAGCAAGAGGAGAAGAACGACAAGUGGUACCGUUCGGAGAGAAGCAGCGGCAAGUUCCUCCGCCGGUUCCGUUUACCGGAAAAUGCUAAGGUGGAGGAGGUAAAAGCCAGCUUGGAAGAUGGAGUUCUGACUGUGACCGUGCCUAAAGUGGAGGAGAAGAAGCCAGAGGUCAAGUCCAUUGAGAUCUCUGCUUGAUUUCUUCUGCUCAAUUACUCCUCCCUCGUAUGCAAAUGCAACUGCUCCUGAUAAACAAAUCAUAUCCACAAUGUUGAACUUGAGACUUUCUUUAUGCUAUGAUCUUCUCCUACUUGUGUUGUAAUCUCCCAUUGAAAAUAAAAGGGUCAUGUGUCCUCUAUCAACUGCGUAUUGUUCUAAGUUGUUUGUGAGUUUGAAAUGAAUGCGUGGAUUGAAGCC